GAGCGGGUGCUGACUGUGUUUCUGUCCCUCUGUUGGGCGAGAUAGUGAUAACACCUCUUUCUGCAUGUUCCUAACGUAUCAAGAAGACUCUCGAGUUAUUUCGUGGCUUUCCUGGUCAGUUUUCGGCCCCAAGCAUAUGCUUCUCUUUUACCUCAGCCAGAUAGGAAGCCAGGCACAAAAGUAGGCGCCCUGCGUGAGGUCCUCCCUGAGGUAGCGUGGAGGUGCCGCGUUGGGAUCUGGGUCUUUCUCUCUGAUACGUUUCGGCCCGGCGGGCAGUAGUAAGGAGGAUGGGCAAGUGUCGUGGUCUUCGUACAGCCAGGAAGUUGCGCAGUCACCGCCGGGACCAGAAAUGGCAUGAUAAACAAUACAAGAAAGCCCAUCUGGGCACUGCUUUGAAGGCCAACCCUUUUGGGGGAGCUUCCCAUGCCAAAGGAAUUGUCCUUGAAAAAGUUGGUGUAGAAGCUAAGCAGCCAAAUUCUGCUAUCAGGAAGUGUGUCCGAGUCCAGCUUAUCAAGAAUGGCAAAAAAAUAACAGCCUUUGUUCCUAAUGAUGGUUGUUUGAACUUCAUUGAGGAGAACGAUGAAGUUCUGGUUGCUGGCUUUGGUCGGAAAGGGCAUGCUGUUGGUGACAUUCCUGGAGUUCGCUUCAAAGUUGUUAAAGUAGCCAAUGUUUCUCUGUUAGCAUUGUACAAAGGCAAGAAAGAGAGACCAAGAUCAUAAUUUCUGCGAUCCUGCAUGGAGCUCUGAUAAAAAUUUUCAUUUGACAAGGUGUUUUUGAGGAAUCUUUUCAUAGAAAUUUAACUUUUUGUAACAUGGCACAUUUUUUUUGUAACCCUUUCAAACCCUUUUUCUAACCCUUUCAAACAGCUGUUUCUUUUACAUGGCUGUUGUGACUGGAUUUUUACAGGAGUGGCUUCUAAUUUGUGUACAUAUAAUUGUAGUCUCAGUUGUAAAAGAAUUUGGGUUCCAUUCUGAACCAAGAAAAAGAAACUGGUAUAAAGGAUUCUCUCUAAAGAGUAAUAAUGCCUUAAAUUUUCAUUUACACAGUUCUUUUAUACUUGAGCAGUACUGCCAUUUUCUUUUAUGCAUUAAUAUAAUAACUAAAAGGUUAGAUAAACUUCAAUUUUGGUUUAAUGCUUAUGUUGCUAGGCUUGCUUGUUAAAAAUAGAAACAAACUAGCCUAUUUUAGAUACAGCCUUUUGCCUGCAACCUUAAAACGGUCGCUGAUUGGUUGUACGUGCUUAAUAGGAAAAAAAACCUAUUAAAAUCAGUGAGACUGACCUUUGAUUAAAAAUGGAUAGAAUUGCUCUAGGCAGGUAGCUCUUAACAUGUUUUGAGUUAUGCAUGAAGAUUUCCUUUCAAAGAUUAAUUGAUGCUUGUGCAUGAGACUGAGACCAAGCUAUUUUAAUUACCCCAAUAGGUUUACUUAGACUAUUUAAUCCAGCUUCAUUUGACUCUUCAGAGGAAAUCUGCAGCAACAAUGAAGUAUUCUAUUCCAUAUUUUGGGUUCUGAGCAACAUAUUGCUGGCCUUUUUGCUAACACACAUUAAAAAUAUUAAUGUUUUGAUAUCCCAAUCCUAUUUAAUGUCAAGGAGUGGCUGAAUUGCCUAGAAUGCCAGCUGCUUUAUACACUUCCCAAUGUACUCAUAGCCUAGCUGUAACUUGUGUAGCUAUACACUGCAGCACAUUUGUCUGAUGUCUUGGAUUAAGCAGGCAGAAAUGAUGUGAUGUGAAUGUGUUGUUCUAUCUGUAAUGUUAUUUUGGCUCUGAAGCAGGCUUCUAACAAUGUAACAAUACAGGGCCUUGUGAAUAGUGGUAGAAGUCACAGAAUAUAUAUUUUCCUUUAAACAUAAACAGCAUUUCUCUACAUGGUUGGCUAGAAAUACUUCUUUAAAACAAAGAGAAAGAGCCAUGUUUCCAUGCAGAAGGUCCCAGGUUCAAUCACUGACAUCUCCAGUUAGAGCUAGAAAAGACCUCUGUCUCUCAAUAGGACUUUCUGUUGAGUAGAAGUUGCUAGGAUUACGCUGAGUUUCUUAUAUAAAUCACAACUCCAGGAACUAACCUGACAAUAUUUUAUGGCUAUUGGUGGAAACAGUCUGGGUUGUUUCUGCGGAGAUGGAACAGAAGCGGCAAGAAGACUUUUUUAUUUUGCAUUUAAUGAUUUUAUUGAAAGUUGAAUAAUACAAGGGGGGAGGGAAGACAAGAAAAAUGACCACCACCACCCCUGCUCCCAAGAGCACACAAAGGAUUAGAAGACAUUAUGCAAAGGCUAACCCAUACAUGUAUACAAUAAGUAUCACUCUAUGUCAGACAAUAGAAAAGGAUCAUUGCUGGCAAAACACUGAUGGGAUUGUAUAUACAAAAAAAGCAAAAUUGGGAUCGAGAUUGGGAGAUGAAUGGGAAAGUAACGAGCCACAUCAUGAAAGAAAAUGAGGGAGAGGGAGAAAAAGGAAUUAAGAAUUCUAAAUUGUUGUGUAGUGAGACAGAAGGCAAGUCUCAUCCUCAUUGUACUUGCAUAUGAAACAAAGUCAUGCUAUUCUCCAAUAAAAUAGUUCUGUUUUA